CACGUAGGGAUGGCGCCGACAGGGAGAGAACGGUGGAAGUUGUUCGCACUGCUAACAGUAUCUUGGUUGAGAUUUCAACUUACUGCCAGUAGCCAGGUUGUUCUGCUCGACACGACAACAGAAAGUUCUCUGGACUGGACAAGAUAUCCAUAUGGACCACAGGCUAUAACUCCUGGAUGGGUAGAAGAAAGUUUCACCAACUUUGAGCAAGGCAUUAACUGGAGAUCGUUCGUGGUUUGUGACGUAGCCUACAGUAAUGUUAACAAUUGGCUGUGGACGCCAUUCAUUGAGCGGAGGGACGCCAGCAGAAUAUAUAUUGAGAUUAAGUUCAGUAUGCGGGAUUGCAGUCUUUUCCCUGGGAUGGCACUUUCCUGCAAAGAGACAUUCUCCCUUCUGUACUACGAGUUUGAUGCAGCGACCAAAGAGCCUCCUCCAUGGGAACCCGAGUCCUACAAGCUGGUGGACCGUAUUGCAGCGGAUGAAGGUCGUUUCACUUCUACAAAUGAAGUCAUCAUUAACACUGAAAUCCGCAGUAUUCCAAUCACAAAGAAAGGGGUCUAUUUUGCCUUCCGCGAUCAAGGGGCAUGCUUGUCGUUGAUCGCCAUUAAAGUGUACUAUAUGAUUUGUCCAAAUAUUACACUAAAUUUAGCUUCUUUUUUAGACAGCCCUACAGGACGAGAGAUUACAGAAAUCAUAAAAGUUGAUGGUCAAUGUGUGGCUAACGCUGAAAUGGUGGACUCGCCUAAGCUUCUGUGCAAAGGAGACGGAAAGUGGACUCUUCCCUCUGGUGGCUGUAAAUGUAAGGCUGGUUAUGAGUCAAUGGACCAGAGCUGUCAAGGCAACGUGGUUUGUAACGUAGGCCUACAGCAAAUUUACGGCAGUACAAGUGUUCAAGUUAGAGGAAACGCUAAAAGAGGAAACAAA